CUUCUUCUGGCUCCAGGCCCCUGCUGCCCAGGGCAAUGCAUCCCUGAGUGGCGGCGUCUGGACCCCGGGCAGCCCCAGAGAAGCGGCGCCAAAGAGAGAAGACUGGGGCCAGGACACCUGCCGGGGGCUUGGAUGCCGGGCUUCCUCUGAGGACGUCUUUUGGAGCGAGGGUGGCUUUGGGGUGGGGGGUUGUGCUGCAGGGAAUCCAGCCAGGCCCCAAGAUGGACACUUCUGGGCACUUCCAUGACUCGGGGGUGGGGGACCUGGACGAAGACCCCAAGGGUCCCUGCCCGUCGUCUGGGGACGAGCAGCAGCCACCGCCGCCACCACCCCCAGCAGCCCCCCAGCAGCCCCCGGGACCCCUGCUGCAGCCUCCGCAGCAGCAGCCUCCGCAUCCCUUGUCUCUGCUCGCCCAACUCCAGAGCCAGCCGGUCCAGCCCGGCCUGCUGCACUCCUCACCCACCAUGCUCAGGGGCCCCCCUUCGGCCAACUCCACCGCCGCCCUCCACCCUUCCUCCAGGCAGGGCAGCCAGCUCAAUCUCAAUGACCACCUGCUCGGCCACUCUCCAAGCUCCACAGCCACAAGUGGGCCCGGUGGGGGCGGCCGGCACCGGCAGGCCAGCCCCCUGGCGCACCGGCGGGACAGCAACCCCUUCACGGAGAUCGCCAUGAGCUCCUGCAAGUACAGCGGGGGGGUCAUGAAGCCCCUCAGCCGGCUCAGCGCCUCCCGGAGGAACCUGAUCGAGGCCGAGCCCGAAGGCCAGCCCCUCCAGCUCCUCAGCCCCGGCAACCCCCCCGAGAUCAUCAUCUCCUCCCGGGAGGACAACCAUACCCACCAGACCCUGCUCCACCACCCCAACGCCACCCACAGCCACCAGCACGCCAGCACCGGCCUGGCCGCCGGCAGCGCCACCUUCCCCAAAGCCAACAAACGGAAAAACCAAAACAUUGGCUAUAAGCUGGGACACAGGAGGGCCCUGUUCGAAAAGAGGAAGCGCCUCAGUGACUAUGCUCUGAUUUUUGGGAUGUUUGGAAUUGUUGUCAUGGUGAUAGAGACCGAGCUCUCGUGGGGUUUGUACUCAAAGGACUCCAUGUUUUCGCUGGCCCUGAAAUGCCUUAUCAGUCUGUCCACCAUCAUCCUUUUGGGCCUGAUCAUCGCCUACCACACGCGGGAAGUCCAGCUCUUCGUCAUCGACAACGGCGCGGACGACUGGCGCAUCGCCAUGACCUGUGAGCGCGUGCUGCGCGUCAGCCUGGAGCUGCUGGUGUGCGCCAUCCACCCGGUGCCCGGCGAGUACAAGUUCUUCUGGACGGCGCGCCUGGCCUUCUCGUACACGCCGUCACGGGCGGAGGCCGACGUGGACAUCAUCCUGUCCAUCCCCAUGUUCCUGCGCCUGUACCUGAUCGCGCGCGUCAUGCUGCUGCACAGCAAGCUGUUCACGGACGCGUCGUCCCGCAGCAUCGGGGCGCUCAACAAGAUCAACUUCAACACCCGCUUCGUCAUGAAGACGCUCAUGACCAUCUGCCCCGGCACCGUGCUGCUGGUGUUCAGCAUCUCGCUGUGGAUCAUCGCCGCCUGGACCGUGCGCGUCUGCGAGAGGUACCACGACCAGCAGGACGUGACCAGUAACUUCCUGGGCGCUAUGUGGCUCAUCUCCAUCACCUUCCUCUCCAUCGGUUACGGGGACAUGGUGCCGCACACGUACUGUGGGAAGGGCGUCUGUCUCCUCACCGGCAUCAUGGGCGCGGGCUGCACUGCCCUGGUGGUGGCCGUGGUGGCCCGGAAGCUGGAGCUCACCAAAGCCGAGAAGCACGUGCACAACUUCAUGAUGGACACUCAGCUCACCAAACGGGUAACCGCCGCCCGCGUCUCGGUGGGGGGCUCAGGCCGCUGGAAGCCAGCCCCAGGCCGGUGGUCCUGCGGUGUAGGUGGGGCCGCGCUCUCCGAGGGGGAGGGGCCGAGGGAGCCCAGCCCAGGCCGGGGCCUCGCACACGGGCGCCUGCGGACACCGGGGACCCUGCGCGCUCCGCCAGCCCCGCGGCUCAUGCGCCAAGCCCGUUCCAUGCCGAUCUGGUCGCCCGGCUACCGGGCCCCCUGCCCGCGCCCCCAAGGACCCAGCUCGCCAGUGAGGGCGGACGGGCUCGCCUCGGGUCCCUUCCUCGCCGCCUCCGUCUCCUCAUCUCAUGCUGCUCCUUCGCCUUCUCCGAGUUGCACCCCAGGGAUCAGACCCCGGCGGGAAGACCAAGCCGAGGAGGGCCAGCGCUCACUCGCGCCGCGGGAAAAUAAGCUGUGUCCGCAGGCGGAGCGCCGGAACGCAAACACGGCGAAAGGGCUGCUCUUUCAGAGCAAGGAUUUUCAAAGCUGGCGGGAAGGUGCCUGGGAGCUCAGCCAGCCCUGGCCUCCGAUCACCUUGACCUUGACCCGCUCUCGGGGAGCCCAGCUCUCCGCCCCAGGUCGCCGUGCCCGGCCCCCUCUGAUGCCCGGCCCGAAGCCUCAGCGACACCAGCCUCAGGUGGACCACCCUCCCCGCCGGGGACCCUUCCGGCGGCUAAUGGGCCGGAGAACACCAGCUGUGUCCCGCCAGGUGACAGCUGACAGACACGUGGACAUCAUCUGCGGGCUGGUGAGCUCCGGGCCGGUCCCCACGGCCACACCGGAGAACUCUCGGGGUUCGGGGUGUCUCCACGUCCUGCCACGCACCUUGGAAAGGUCCACCAGGGUGUUGGCUUGGUCGCUCAGCUUCCUCUGCUCCAUCUUGACGCUCCGCAGCCUGUGGGGGAGGGUCGUUAACAGCGUGCCGCCAGGGCGCAUGCGCGGAGACCCCUGCGGACCCCACCUCUACUUCAAAUCCCCCAUUCUGGACACGGCCUCGCUCACCGGCGGCCCUGGGGGCCCUCGAGGUCCUCUUCUCUUUCCUGCGGCCACUCAAGUCUCAUUGGUCAACGCUGAGGAAGCUUCUAGGUGCACGGGGAUAAUCCGUGCUGCCCUGAGACACAUCAGGGAGCCACCAGGGAACGGUCCCUGCCCUGAAGGAGUGCCCUUUCACCGGGUGAGGCCGACAAGGACAGAGCUAGCGCUGCAGAAGAUGCAGACGGUCAUGUACGACCUGGUCACGGAGCUCAACGACCGCAGCGAGGACCUGGAGAAGCAGAUCGGGAGCCUGGAGUCCAAGCUGGAGCACCUGGCGGCCGGCUUCAGCUCCCUGCCCCUCCUCAUCGCCGACGCGCUCCGCCAGCAGCAGCAGCUGCUGUCCACCCUCGCCGAGGCCCGGGGCGGCGCGGCGGGCACCCCGCACACGCCCCCGCCCUCCGACAGCCCCCUCGGGGUCAGCUCCGCCUCCUUCCCGACCCCCUACACCAGUUCCAGCAGUUGCUAAAUAAACCCCACUCCGGAAGCAUAACC